AUGAAAUACAUUAUUGAACACAUGGAACCGGGAUUCACUCCUUGGGUGGUUCUAGAAUACUCUACAAUCAUUAAGGAAGUAGGUAAAGAGAAUUUGAUCCUUACUUCUUUGCCAGAAGGAACAACAGAAGCGGAUAUUCCACAGGAGUUAAUAGAUCUUGGAAUACAGUGGACCACUGAUGAAUGUAUAAGCAUUGCAGAGAGUAGACAGAGUUUAUGUCUUUUAGAUCCUGCAGCAUCUCAAGACUUAACACCUUCAGAUUCUGAGAAGUUUGAGUAUUUCGUGUUUGGAGGUAUUUUGGGUGAUCAUCCCCCAAGAGAUAGAACUGGCGAACUGAGAAAGAAAUAUGGCCUUGAAGGUCGCAGGUUGGGUGAGUUGCAGAUGACCACUGACACAGCUGUUCGCUCAACCCAAUUAAUAAUACAAAAUCAAAUCAAAUUUGAGGAUAUAACUUUCAUCGAUUACCCAGAAAUCCGUUUCAACAGGUAUGAGGCUACAGAGAUGCCAUUCAGAUAUGUUAUGGAUAAAACUGGAAAACCUAUCCUUCCAGAUGGGAUGAUAGCUUUAAUCAAAAAAGACACCGAACAAUCGUUGGAUGAUCUAUUGUAA